AAGUUUUAGCAAUACUCUUUAUGAAAUUAUCCCAAGGAAAAAUGAGGUUGUAUUAGUACUAGUCUCAAGUUUACCACUCAAAGUGAGUUGCUUUGCUCAAAAAUGGCGGGAACCAUAUAAAACCCAAAGAAGAAAAACCCUUAUUCAUCUUCAUGCGAACCAUCUUCACUCUCAGUUUCACUUCCUCUACUGCAUUCACCAUCUCUAAAAAUUUCACCUUUUUCCGCUUUGCAACAUACCCAUACUCAAUAAUGGCUCCUUCCACAAAAAUCGUGGCAGAGUACGCCAAAUCCAAUCGCUCAUCUUGCAAGAAGUGCUCCAACACCAUCGAUUCCAAGUCUCUCAGGUUGGGUUUGGUGAGCCGCGAUUCUCGGGGUUUCGACAUGACUAAAUGGCACCACUUGGGUUGCUUCUCUUUUGGCUCGGAAUUACCUCUUUCGGCUGAGGAGAUUAAAGGGUUUGAUGCUUUGAAGAGUUCUGAUAAGGAAGCUUUACAGAGAUUGGUGGAGACAAUGGAUAAAACUCAGGACAAGGUUGAUGAGAAAGAUAGAGAGGGAGAUGAAGAAAAGGAAUCAGAAGGAAGGAACACAAAGAAAGCAAAGCUAUCUAUUUCAAAGGGUGAAGUCGUAGAUGUAACAUUUUCGGUUUCUGAUGUCAAGAAUAAGUACAAGGAUGCAACACUAUCACCAAAUUGGAAGGCAUUUCAAACCGUUAUAUUUCUUGAGCGGGAUGAAGGCCUUAAUGAUUCAAGCAAAAUUGCUGCUUUUGAUUUCGAUGGAUGCCUUGCAAAAACUUCUGUCAAAAGAGUAGGUGCCGAUGCUUGGUCUCUGAUGUAUCCUUCAAUACCUGCUAAGCUACAGAGCCUGUACAAUGAUGGCUAUAAACUGGUAAUCUUUACCAACGAAUCAAACAUUGAGCGCUGGAAAAAUAAGAGACAAGUUGCCGUGGACUCAAAAAUUGGUCGCUUAAACAAAUUUAUCGAGACUGUGAAAGUCCCGAUUCAGGUUUUCGUUGCUUGUGGAGUAAGUAAAUCCGAUGGUCAAGCAGACGAUCCCUUUCGCAAACCAAAACCAGGGAUGUGGCGUCUCUUGGAAAAUCACUUCAACUCUGGCAUUUCUAUUGAUAUGGAUCGAUCCUUUUAUGUUGGAGAUGCUGCUGGAAGAGAAAACGAUCAUAGUGAUGCUGAUAUAAAAUUUGCAGAGGCUGUCGGUCUUAAAUUUCAUGUCCCCGAGGAAUACUUUGUCGUGUGAGGAACUCGGUGGCCUCGGGUGGUUGCUGCUGGUGCAAAAUUGACAGUGAAUAGUUCAUGAGAUUGUCUUGAAAUUAUGUUUUUACAUGAAUGAUUUCUCUAGUGAUCUUAAUCUAAUUAUUGUAUAGUUAAAAAGGACUAAAAAGUUUAAUUAUCAAUGAGUGGAUUUGUUCGAGUUGACUGAAAA